AUGUCUUUGUCAUUUCAUUAUUUAUUUUCUUCCUUAAAUUUCCUUCAUUUUUUUCACUUGAAAAAAGUUAUUUUCAUUUACCGUAUCACCUUUAUUACUACUACUACUAUUUCUUCUUCUUUUUCUUCUUCUUCUUCUUAUUUUUUCUUUUCACCUCUUCAUAUUCUCUCUUCUUUUUAUAAUUAUUCUCUCUUCCUCCUUCUCUCUUCUUCUCUCUUUUUCUUUUUCUUCUUCUCUCUUCUUCAUCUUCUUGUUCUACUUCUUCUUCUUCUUCUUUCUCUUCUUCUUAUUAUUUUCUUCUUCUCACCUCUUUUUAUUCUCUCUUCUUCGUCUCUCUUCUUUUUAUUAUUAUUCUCUCUUCCUCCUCUUUUCUCUUCUUCUUCUUCUCUCUUCUUCUUCUUCUUCUCUCUUCUUCUUCUUCUUCUUCUCUCUUCUUCUUCUUUUCUUCUUCUCACCUCUUCUUAUUCUAUUUUCUUCUUCUUCUCUCUUCUUUUUAUUAUUAUUCUCUCUUCCUUCUCUUCUCUCUUCUUCUUCUUCGUCUUCUCUCUUUUUUUAUUAUUAUUCUCUCUUCCUCCUCUUCUCUCUUCUUCUUCUUUCUUUUUCUUCUUCUCUCUUCUUCUCCCUCCUUUUUCUUGUUCUCUUAUUAUUAUUAUUAUUCCCUCUUCCUCUUCUUCUUUUCUCUCUUCCUCUCUCUUCUUCUUUUAUCUCUUCUUUUUCUUCUUCUCCUCACUUUUCAUCGUCAUGUUCCUCCUCCUCCUCCUCCACCUCCGCACAUUCGUUUCUUAA